AUGGUGGCCCGGAGUAAUGGCUGCACCCUGUGCGUGCAACGUCGAGUCAAGGUUGUCUUCCACUGCGAUGAACGAGUCCCUGGUUGCUUGAGAUGCGAGACGUACGGGAGACCUUGUCCGGGGUACGACCGGGGAUUCAAGUUCGUCACUGGGAAGCCACAUCGGACCCGUCGCCACAAGUCAAGCGACAGAGGGAAUAGUCCGCAGGACGCCGGACAUCCCUCAGGGCAUUCCACAGCUGUGUCUCAGGCUUUGGUCCAGCGGCCGUUGUCUAUGGAGUGUGCUGAUCUCAACGUGAUGCAGAGUCUCGACAUCCUGGUAACCGAGCUCUCUCGUCCGUUCCCUGCAACGUCGGCGCAUGUCAUCUCGCACUGUUUCGCGUUCCUCCCGUCGGUAUACGGGCGCAAUAGAACGUUAGACUCCACAAUUAAAUCCUUUGCAGCGCACCAUAUAGGCAGAAUCAAUGGCAACGAGUACGCGGUGCAAUAUGCCAAGUCCGUGUACGGACAGGCGUUGUAUAGACUCCGGGCCUCUUUAGAUGACCCGCAUGAAUGCUUUUCAUCGGAAGUGUUCUGCGCAGUCUUGCUGCUGUGCUUAUACGAGCUUUUCGCAAACAUGGAUCAAGCAGAUGCCUGGAUGAAGCAUGCCGAGGCGUUGAGUCAGUUGGUACAGAUCAGAGGAUCUCACCGUUAUCUGAACGCGUUUGACCAGGCUUUGCUCAAGGCAUCUCGUGGCUUGAUAGUCAUGCAUUCUCUGUUCUCCGGUGAAAGCUGCUUUUUGACCUCGAGUGACUGGCAAUCUGCCAUGAAACAGCAGUUCAGCGGGAGCUUUUCUGCAGACGUCGACCUGGUGGAGCAGUUUUUUGCCCUCUUCACCUUUACACCGAGUCUGGUGCAUGAACUCUAUGAUCUCAAGGAAGCAGACCAUGCCAGCCAGAGUACUAUCGUGCGAGUCGCCGAUCUGAUAACCCGGGCGCUCGACAUGCAGGCGAGGUUGCUUGCAUGGUAUGGUCGAUUUUCUCGCGCCAUGCCUGCUCCUCAUGAGGUCCCAUCGCCAUCCGGUGACAAUCUCCACCCGGUCGUUCUGUGGUACUCGGAUGAGAACGCUGCGACGAUCUUUUGCGGCUACUACACCUAUAUGCUGAUACUGCACGAGAUAUUGAGGGUUUGCGGUCACCCUGGGGAGCACGCGGCCACGGUUGUCUACUUCCGAGACCAGAUCUGCAGAUCGGUUGAAUUCAACGCCCGUGGUCUCCUAGGCCCCUAUCGAAUGGCAUUUUCCUUGAGAGUAGCCUACGAGGUUGCGGAUUAUAUAACGAAGUUGUGGAUUGAAAGUUGCUCGGAAAGACUGUCGAAGGUUUACGCUGCAAUACGCCCACAGAACUUGGUGUGA